AUGAAGGUCGUUGAUUGCCUGCUGAACUGGAAAGAUGAUUUCCUACUCCCGUAUGCCGAACAUCUGAAAAAUCUGAUCAAUCCAAAGAAUUUAAGGGAGGAACUAACAUCAUGGAGCUUAUCCAAAGAAUCUCAUCUUAUUGAAGAACAUCAUAGGACUCAUAUUCUGCCUUUAAUUAUGAGAAUUCUGGCGCCAAAAGUUCGGAAACUUAAAACAUUGGCAUCUCGAAAGCAUAAAAGCCUACAUCAUCGAAGGGCGGUUCUUGGAUUCCUAGCUCAACUUGAUGCCAAUGAACUCCCUCUUUUCUUUGCCUUGUUAAUAAAGCCAUUGCUUUGCAUUUCUCUAGAGAAUCAUGACAUAAGUAAAUGGUUUUGGAGUUCAUCUGAACAUCUUGCAGAUGAGUUCGAAACUUCUAGUGUUUUGAAGUAUUUCACCAUGGAUAAAAUUUUGAAGCUUUCCUGGAAGAAGCGAUAUGCCUUUUUGCAUGUAACUGAAGAUAUUCUUGGAGUAUUUGAUGAAUUACAUGUUAAACCGUACCUUGAUCUCUUAAUGGGGUGCACUGCCCGCAUACUGGAGAGCUGCACAUUUAUUCUUGAUAGUGUGAAGAUAAGUGGAUUUUCUUCACUGGAGAAGUGUUCUAGCUUGCAUGAGAAAGUCACUGGAGCAGAAAAUCAGAUUGUGAGUAGCACAGCAACAAAGCAGUUUAAGGAGCAGAGAUCUUUGUGCUUGAGAAUCAUUUCGUUGGUUUUAAAUAAAUAUGAGGCCUAUGAGUUUGGUUUUGAAUUCUGGGAUCUGUUCUUUACUUCAGUGAAGCCUUUGGUAUGUGGUUUCAAGCAAGAAGGUGCUAGCAGCGAAAAACCAAGUUCAUUGUUUUCUUGCUUUCUUGCUAUGAGCAGGAGCUCCAAGCUUGUAGAGUUGCUGUUCAGAGAGAAGAACCUUGUGCCUGAUAUUUUUUCUAUUCUAACUGUUCCAACCGCAUCUGAAGCCAUUUUAUCUUGUGUUCUGAAUUUUGUUGAGAACCUGUUGAAUCUUAAUAGUGAACCCCACCACGAAGAUAAUGAUGUCAAGGGACUAUUAGUUCCUCACCUUGACACACUUGUCUGCAGCUUGCACUAUCUUUUCAAGUGCAAUAAUGCAAUGAAAAGGAAAUUGGUGAAAUGUACUGGGGAAAGAGAGCUAAGAAUUUUCAAGUUGUUAUCUGGUUACAUAAACAAUCCUUUGGCAGCAAAUAAACUAGUUGAUGUUGUACUCCCUUUACUAACAAAGGCAGCACCAGAUUCUGGUUGGUAUUUCAUAUUGAUUUCAACAUUUGCUAUGUGA